ACUGGAGAAACAAGAAGGAGAAAGAGGCAGGAAAAUAAAGACCUCAGUUUCCAAUAGAUUAAAUGGUAAGUAUUGGGAAAACACCUGAAAGGAAGCACCCAUUAGGGAAAUUGACAUAAUCAUGGCAAGACUAGAGAAAGACCUGGAAGAUAAAACAAGACAGGGGAGUUAGGAGGCAUCUGGAAGUUCUGGCUCAGAGAGUAAGUGGCUUGCUAUCGUACAAAGCACGGCUCACACAUUAAAACCAGACUGUAUGUUGGAAUAGAGGGAAGAGUCUGAGAACGGUUCUACGAUCACAUAGGGCUUUUGUGACAAAACAAGAUAUCCAUGCUGGUGACAAGCCACUGCAGUGCCCUGGGCCCAGAGGAUGGGGGAGUUAGUUUCUCUCCUUCGCCAGUAAGAGUACCUGGGUGGGGAGAAAGUGAGAAAUACUGCUCUAAAACAUCAGAAGAAAACCGCCUCCCAGCGCCGUGUUCCCGGCACGCGGGGUCUGAGCUGGCUGAGCAGGGCAGCAGGGAGAGGAGAGGGCGGCCUGGCAGGAAGGAAUCAGCGGAAGCCACUGUGGCCAGACAGAACCUUCUCCUCCACCAGAGAGGAGCUGCUCGCUGGCCUGCUAACGCCAAGGGCAUCAGUACCUGGCAUUAUAGUCAAAUGCCGCUGGAGCAGCUGCAGUCAAGACUCAGAGACCUAGAAGCUUCCAGCCCACGCCUCGAGUCUGGAGAACACCUGGACUUCCCAGGGCAGAUGGCUGCCUGUGUCCCACCUGCAGGUUUCCAGGGAGGGACCUCACUCCUCCUUACUGUUAUUUCCAGCUUUCCCCUGGUGACCGGAGUACAGACAGCACUUCCUGCCCAGCGUGGCCCACUCUGUCCUUCCCUGUUCUUUGUCUCCUGUCCUGGGCCUUACAAGGGAUCUGGCCCAUUCCUAAGAGGAGAACAGCUUCCAUUUGCUGUCAUCACCGUGGCCCUAGCAUUGGGCCAAGGGCUUGCUUACCCAACACACCCUAUGAGAUUAACUCUUGCAGGAACUCCCCUCUUAGCUUUCCCCCCAUGUCACCCUGACAGGUACAUCCAUGGGCACGUCUGUUCUCUAAAGAAGAGGGAACCUAACUUAAAGUCAUCAGGGAGCGAAUGCACAGCCACCAGCCGAUAUGGAGGAAGAUGCCGAGCUAUGGACACAGCUGUGACUGUUCCCGGGCCGGUGGCCCAGGGCCACUAA